AUGCUUUUACAAGGGCCAAUUCUGGGUGCUGCGCUUGGUACCUUGUUCCCCCUGAGUACAGUGGUGUUGAGCUCGCAUUACCGAUUCAAUCAACCCCUGGUGUCGAUGCAGAGCGGCCUCAUGGGCUUCCUCGGAGCUAUCAUCUAUGCAUUAAUUGCUAGGCAAGGGCUUGAAGUACGAGGCAAAGGUCACUUUGCGCCAGCCGCCACCGCAAGUAUCCUUUGCGGCACACUCUUGACUGCAUAUACUCUCAUUCGUCGAGUCAAGGAAAACGAACUCCCACCUAAUUCGCAAGAGUGGCACUACAACAUGAAACUGCCCAAAAGCAUCAAUAAGAUUUGGAAAGAGGAAGGCACAAUCUGGUUCAUACUCGGCUACAUGCUCAUCUUCUUCGCUCUCCUCAACUUUCCUAUAUACAUCUCUCUCGUCCUUACACAACCACCCGCCAUCACCGAUCCAAAGACUGCAGCCUUCGUCCCCAUCAUCACGCACACGACAGCCGCCAUCAGCGCAUGCAUCAGCGCCAAUCCCAUCCUUCGCACACGCCUAGGCCCGCUCAACACGUUUAUCGCAUCAUGCGUAUUCGCUGGCGCGGCUUCGCUUCUGCCAUUCUUCAUGCCAAACCUUCCCGUCGCACUGCCGUGCGGUGGCGCAUACGGCAUCAGUCUCGGCGCAAUCAUUUCUCUACACAUGAAAGUCACGACCAUCUUUCAUGGCGAGAAAGUCGUUUGGCAUCCCGACAUGCCAGUCCGAGCUGCAGUCAUGAUGGUGGUGGCGGGAUGCAGCGCCUUUGCUGGACUACUUGCUUCCGCAUUUAUCAUCGAGAAUGUGGAGGGCGGGAUGAGGAUCGUGGCGAGUAUGACGGCUGGAUGUUUGGUUGCGGGUGGGUGUCUGAUUGCUUUUGCGAGGUGGAGGAGAUGUCGGAACUUUUGGGUCGCGAUAUAG